AUAUUUUUAUGGCACUGUGUGCUGUUCAUAUACUUUGGUACUCUUCGCAUAAAGAUCAUAAUGGAACAAGGUUGGAAGAAUCGUCAUGUGGGUGCAACUCUGAUGAAUGCGGACAGUAGUCGGUCGCAUUCAAUAUUCACUAUCUAUCUGGAGAUGGCAACUUUGAACAAGGUUACCGGCUCAGAGCAUCUGAGAGCGGGAAAACUUAAUCUUGUUGAUUUGGCUGGAUCUGAAAGGCAGUCUAAGACAGGUGCCACUGGCGAUCGACUAAAGGAAGCCACCAAAAUUAAUCUCAGUCUCUCCGCUCUUGGAAAUGUCAUUUCAGCUCUUGUGGACGCAAAUGCGAGACAUGUACCCUACCGAGACAGCAAGUUGACACGGCUUCUUCAGGACUCUUUAGGGGGGAACACAAAGACUCUGAUGAUCGCGUGUCUUUCACCAGCAGAUAAUAAUUACGAUGAGACUCUAAGUACCCUGCGUUACGCCAAUCGCGCCAAAAAUAUCAAGAACAAACCAGUUAUCAAUGAGGACCCUAAAGAUGCUCUUUUGCGCCAAUAUCAGGAAGAAAUCGCUCGACUCAAGGCCAUGUUGGAAGGAAACAUAUCUCUUAAUCAGUUUCCCAUCAAAUCUGCUAGGACCGAAGUUACUCGUCCUUCUCUUCUGGAGCUAGAAGAGUUCUCGAGGGAGAAGAAAAAAAUUGAGGAGGCAGGUCUAUUCCUUCUACCCUUUUUCCGCCGUCGUAUAAUUCUGUUUCGUAAUUGGAAGUGCUACCAUAAUCAAGAUUAUGAGAGGCGAUUGCGAGAUAAGGAAGCUUUGUAUGCAGCAGAGGCUGCCAACGCAGCGAAGCUGCAGGAGGAGGUAGCGAAACUCAAAGACCUCUACGACACGAAUCUUCGGCGGCUGGAAGAGAAGUACUGUGGCUGUACCACCCAAAGCGAUGAGCCUGGGGGACUCCCAGCGUUGCGGCUUGACAAGAUUUCAUCGACAUCCGAGUGUUCAUCAGGUUUGCUCAUCCUCUUCUCGAGUUCGGCGUUGGUUCUCUCUCUCUUACUACAGGAUGGUGUAGACGCUCCGUGGUUGCCUUUGGGCUCAGGAAUGAUGCGUGAAGGCGGGCUGGCCUCAGGGACCUAUCGCUUGGCAGCACCGAUGGCUACAAUGGCAGCAGAGAUAGAAGAGGCAGAAGUAGAGGCGGAAGGAGUGGAGGUAGAGGGACACCCGCAGUUCGCCAUCCACCUUUCCACCACUUCUCUCCUCGGUGUAACAACUCCUCUCGACGGCAUUUCUCGUGAAUACGACAAACUUACCAAGGAGGAGUUACUCCGCAGAUUGCAUCUACUGGAGGCGGAUAUCGUUGGGGGAGAAGAGGCUAACAACGUGGAGGUACGGGAACGCCGUUCGCAUCGGCGUCGCCACGCAGAGGAACGCCGCCGUCUCCUAGCUGAGGCCAACGCCAACCUUGAUAACUCCGCUGACGAUGAUGGGAUCAUGCUCGACAUUUACGAGAGCAUUCAAGAUGAACUGAGGCACAAGUGCAGACUUCUUCAACGGGAAAGGCAAAAGACCAGUUCUCUCGAAAUUGAGAUCGGAGAUCUGCAGCGUGAAUUUGAGCUAGAUCGCGAAGACUACCUCGAGUCCAUCCGCAAACAGAAUAAGCAAAUCAGCCUACUCCAGGCCAUUCUGAACAAAGUCCAACCCUGUAUUCGCAAAGAUAGCAAUUACGCUAAUCUUGAAAAAAUUAAAAAGCAAGCUUGGUAA